GUGCCCUGAGCAGCCGAAGCGGGGAAGUUGAGCUCUGCGGCUGUGAGCAGGAGGCGGUAGUAGAUCAUCAGCACGUGAUCUGGCUAGAUUGAGGCCCAUGAGCGGCGGCACCUUCGCUCAGCAACGCUCACUCUACUCCAACUACAAGCAUGGCGCUGCACGCCGACGUCGGCUGGAGCGUCCUGGCAGGGCUCGCAGGCCUCGUGGCGGCGCUCGUGCUGCUGGAGCGCAUCCGCACGCCCGCGGCUCUGCGGCGCUACCCGGCGUACCCGCCCGGCGCCGGGCUCAGCUCGCUGCCGCACCUGCUGCUCGAUCUCUGGCACCCGCAAGGCGUCUCGGCUGGGCUGGUCGAUGCGCACGCUCGGCUACGGAGCAGCGUCCUGCGGACCGGCCCGAAGCGCUUGCAUCUCUCGACCGCGAGCGCACAGGUGCUCAAGGACAUCGGCUCGCUCGACAAGGCGCCAGCUUACGCCGCCUUUGACCUGGGAUCAGCGACGGUCUUCAGCUCUCGCAGCCGUGCAGAUCACGGCGCCCGAGCAUCCGUCGUCGCCUCGCUGUUCACCAAGACGGCGGUGCGCGACAAGGCCGACGUCGUCAGCGACGCAGUCCACGCCACGCUCGACGUGCUCGACAAGAAAGUCGGUAGCGGCACAGCGCAGGUCAAUCUGCUGGCCCUCUUCCGCGCCUUUGCCAUCGAUGUCGCAGCCACGCUGUACUGUGGCAAGACGUACGGCGCUACGCAUGCGCUGCGGCACGGCGAUUUCAUGUCGACGGACAUCGGCCUGAUCCAUGAUCACUUCAACGAGGCGGUGCCGCUCGGGCUCUGGAGCCCUGCCUAUGGGCCGAAGCUGCGGACAGCGCAUGAGAAGCUGACGACGGCUUGGCGCAAAGUGUCGCCAGCCAAAUCGAAAGCUGUGCACGAGCAAGACAAGCUCACCGCAGCGCUGGCGCACUACGAGGCCUUCGUCGACGGCGCGGUGAGCUCGCCGGACGCCGCCUACCCCGCCGCGAUGGCUCGCGCUCCGGCGUAUGCUCAGCUCGACGCAACGGAGCAGCGAGCGGCAAUCAGCGUCGAGUGCUACGACCUGCUCUUCGCGGCAAGCGAGAGCCUCGCCGCGACGCUUGCAGUCGGUCUGCUGCGACUGCACACAGCCGAGGCCUCGUCGUCUCUGGAGCGCGUGCGCUCAGCGCUCCAGGCUCAGGGCAGCGGCGAAGAGCAGCUGCUCCAGGCCACCGUCAACGAGUGCCUGCGUGUCACCUCUCCGGUGCCGCGCGCUCUCGAUCGCAUCGUGGGAGCCAAGGGCCUCAGACUGGAUGACGGCACCUUCCUGCCUGCCGGCACCGUCAUCGGCAUUGGCCAGCAGGCACUGCAUCAGCCAGACACGCCCUUCUCGCUGUCCAAGUGGCUCGACGAGGAUGGGGCGCCUGCGUCAAUCGCGUUCGGUCUGCCCGGCGCGCCCUCCCGCGCCUGCCUGGCCAGAGCGCUCGCCGAGGAGGAGCUCCGACAGAUGCUCGCGGCCUUUCUGCGGCGCUUCGAGGUCGUGCAGCCCGUACUGCCGCGCGGACGGGACAUGUUCAACGUGGGCUUCCCGCGUGGCCUCGUUGCGGCGCAAGUGUCAAGGCGGAGGGCAUGACGCAGAAAUUGUGCAUUACAGCCUUCACCAGCGCGUACCGAUUAGACGUGGUCGAACUCGCCCUUCUCGCGACGCAGCAGGGUCAUGCACGCAAUGAUCGCAGAGCCGACACUGUGGAGCGAUGUAAGCGACAGUCAGGCGCAGCAACGGCCUCGACGCGACGCACCCGCUGCCGUCCUCGGCCUGGUGGCU